GGAAGGUUUUAGCGCCGCCGGCCGCCCCACGCCCCCACCCUGCUGUAGAGGUGGGUCCGCGUCCGCCCCUGCCCGCGUGUACCCGCCGAACGCCAUGAAUCGGAGCGGGAAGAGGAGAAAGAGGAAGAAGCGCGGCGAUGAAAGGGCCGCUGCCGGUGCGCCCUCGCUCUCCUCCGCCUCCUUCGACCGCCACGUGUUCCCCAUCCUCUUCGCCGCCGCCCGAGCCACCCGCCAAACCAGCAGCUCCUCCUCCCCGCCCGCUGCGCUCGCGGCCCGCCUCCUGCGCCGUGUGCUCUCCCGCUCGCCGCAGACGCUCUCCCCUCUCCCGGGCUCCUUCGUCGCGCUCCUCCCCCUCCUCCUCUCCUCCAGCUGCUCUUCUGUCGCCGCGCUGAGCUGCGAGGUGCUCGGCGCGGCAGCGUUGCGGUGCAUGGAGACCGGCGAGAUGCUGGCUUCCGACAGCGGCAUCGCCAGCGGCCUGGCGAGGGCGCUAGGAAGUAGAAGCCAGCGAGUGAUUGAGGCUGCCUGUAAUUCUAUAUUGGAUCUCUCGGCGUCUUCAGUCGGCAGGGAGCGACUUGCAGGCUCACCUGUUCUGCCCAGGACAUUGCAUCUAUUUUGUCAGGUGGAAUCUGUUUAUGGAUUUGCCCAAAGCGGAAGCACUGAGUCUACAGAAAGUCCUACAGAAGCAAAUAAAAUCCUGUGCUUGAUCAUUGACACAAUGGUGCUCUUGGUGAACUCUUGUAAGAUUGACAAUUUGCAGAGUCUACAGCAGGAGCUAGUAAGGAACGUUCUGUCGUUGUUGUACAAAAUCUGGAAGAAAACUCAACUCUUGAGAUCGUCAACUGAUUGCAACAUGUGGAAGAAUAAACUUCAAAGUAAAGAAUAUGAGAUAUCUGAGGCUAUUUUCAGGCUUUCGAUUGGUCUUGCUUCUCCAGCCUGCCCAGAGCCUGAUGUGGUCAGGAAAAGUAUUUUUGGCCAAGCAGUGUCCGACUUUGAAACUUUUGUCCUGGCCUACUGGGAGAAGUUGCCUAAUUUGUACAGGAGGAAACAAAGCACUCAAAUGGAUAGUUCUGUGUUCGCUGCACUGCACAGUGCUUUUAAUCUUGGAACAGCACCUGAUUCUAUCAUUGAAUCAUUAAUAAAGGGUCUUGUUUCUUGCCCUGCUAUUGCUUCUGAUGAACUUGACAUAAAUUCAUUUCUCCAUGAGGUUCAUGAUUCCUUGGGUGAUUCUGUAAAGUACAGGCAAGACAUUAGAGUCAUCAGAACACAAGAUCCAAAUGACCAAACUUCAAGGGGAUGUAUGACCGAGGAGCAUUUUUUCGAUGAUGGAGCAGUCUUCAUGGAUGAAGAUGCAUUCAUCGGAAGAUGUAAACAUGCCUUUAAGAAUGGUUAUUCGAUUGCCUUGCGUGGCAUGGAGUUCCGGUCUGAGAAGGUUGCUGCUAUAGCUUCUGCCCUGGCUGAUCUAUUUGGGCAGCCUUCUGUAGGAGCCAACAUAUACUUCUCACCUGCAAGAUCUCAAGGCCUGGCCCGACACUAUGACGAUCACUGUGUACUUGUUUGGCAGCUACUUGGUAGCAAGAAAUGGAUGAUUUGGCCUAAUCCGAAGCCACUUUUGCCCAGACUAUAUGAUCCGUUUGACCCUUUAGAUGGUACUUUAGACAAGAACAUUGGGAGAGUGGAGGUUUUACUUGAAGGGGACAUGAUGUACGUCCCCAGAGGCUAUGUUCAUGAGGCUCGCACUGAUGUUGGUGGAUCAGAGGUGAAUGCAUACGCUGAUUACUCACUCCAUCUGACCCUUGCUAUUGAGGUCGAGCCACCCUUUGAGUGGGAAGGUUUUGCACAUAUCGCCCUUCAUUGUUGGACAGAGAAGCAGCAGCUUAGAGAUUCUCAAUUUGUCGAGUUCAAGGGGAAAGUGGAAACUUCCUUAUUUGCUAUUGUACUGCAUGUGGCCAUCAGGUUGCACUCCGACAGUGAUCCUGUUUUCAGGAAGGCAUGCAUGGUUGCGGCAAAGCUUCCAUCAUCCAGUACCUGCACAACGACUCACUUGAAGGCUCUUCAAAGCAGCCAGAGGUCAACUUUCGAUGAGAUACUGAGGAAGAUCGAUCAGAACUGCAGCAUCAAGGAAGCGUUGAAGCGCAUCACGUUGGCCGUGAAAGAGGGAGAAGAUGAAGCCUUCCAGUGGAUGAGCUGGCUCAGGCACCUGCCUCAGCAAGGAGUUGACAGAAUCGAUUUCUGCAAUAUUUUUGGAGCCCUGGAAGAGCUGCUUGAGGCUUUCAACUCUAACCCUGACCAUGCCAUGGCUGACUUCACAGCCUUCAAGUCAGGGUUUUGCCAGCGCGUCGUGUAUGAGGACGUGUGCGAGAGCUUUGAGACUUUGCUUGAGAUGUACAGGACGACUAGGACUCGGUACAUGAGGGGAAUGCUGGCGUUGCACGGGGCAGGUGCACAUGUGAGCUGAGCCGUGGAGAAUUCCUCUUGAGAGACGGAUUUUUUUUUAAGACAGACAAGUUUUUCUUUUUGUGGUGGUUGGCUUGGGCAGUGGGGCUAGUCUUUUAUUCCUAGCGAGGAGAAGCUGAUCCGAGCGCUGGACACUUGUACGGUUUGUGCCACACUGUAUCAUUUGAUGGCGCUUAGCUGCUGGUCAGAUUUAAAGCCAUUGGCAUCGAUUCUUCGUCAAUCGAUUUUCAAUUCAGCAACACUGUCUUGCUUGCCUCUGUCCAGCUCUGGACGUUUCUUCCGUCUUGCAUGAGCACUGCCAGUAAAGAAGUCACUGUUCUGUGCUAUUACCAUGUUGUUUGUCAGUAAAAAAGAAUUGCCAUUGGUAGUG